AUGGCCAGAGUGUCAUCUCGUCGGAACUCAUCUCCAGAAGUAUCUCUGAUCUUCAAAGACUAUGCCAUUCCAAUGAAUCAGAUGAAAGGGCCAUACGCUUUGUCAAGAACACCCAAUGAUCUACGAGUCCCCUGGCUCAUGCGGGCGCUUUGCUAUACCCGAGAAGAAGCCUCCAAGAACGUCGACCGAUUCCAUAUCUCGAAUAUCGAGCAGUUGGGUUCAAUCCGCGGCAUAAUCGCGGGUGGUCGCAUUAACCAGCCUCUGAAAAUGAUCGGUAAGAAUAUCGAACAUGGUACCACCUUGAUGGUGUCUUGGCAUUGGGUUGAAAACUGUGAUGAACAGGAAGCUGCUCGUUUGAAAAUGACCCCUCACGGAGAAGGCAAAGCGCUUCUUAAACAAAAGGAAAUGUACACAGCCGAAUCUUGA